CUAGUUGUGUGAGAGAGAGAACACGCCAUGCUGCACAGUUCUUACCAUCACCCUCUGCUAAGAGAAUGGCAGGCUGGAAACACUUCCAUAACUGCCGACAGACUUGUCUAUCCCAUCUUCAUCACAGAUGAUGCAAAUGGUGUACAGCCAGUGGCCAGUAUGCCAGGUCAGUGUCGUUACGGUAUCAACAAACUGAGGCAGGUGUUAUCUCCCCUGGUUGACAAGGGUCUGAAAUGUGUGCUGCUGUUUGGGGUACCUACGAACUUACCAAAGGAUGCGAGAGGAUCUUCUGCGGACUCUCCAAAUACCCCUGUCAUACUUGCUCUCAAGGCAUUGAAGACCUGGUUCCCGGGACUACUGCUUGCCUGUGAUCUCUGUAUCUGUCCCUACACUUCACAUGGACACUGUGGUAUACUGUUUGAAGAUGGGACAGUACACAAUGAAGCAAGUAUUUCACGUCUUGCGGAAAUUGCAGUGGCGUAUGCAAAAGCAGGCUGCCAGGUGAUCGCACCCUCUGACAUGAUGGACGGCAGAGUUGGAGCCAUCAGGGAAGCGUUGUGUGCGGCCAAACUGGGUAGCAGAGUGUCUAUCCUGAGUUACAGCGCUAAGUUUGCCUCAGCUUUCUACGGACCGUUUAGAGAUGCUGCCAUGUCUGCGCCUAGUUUUGGGGACAGGAAGUGUUAUCAGCUCCCCCCAGGCUCCGUGGGACUAGCACAGAGAGCUGUGGACCGUGAUGUGGCAGAAGGUGCAGACAUGUUGAUGGUCAAGCCUGGUAUGGCCUACCUGGACAUUGUGAAAAUGACAAAAGACAAAUAUCCUACCCACCCUCUAGCUAUUUACCAAGUAUCGGGAGAAUACGCCAUGUUGUACCAUGCAGCUCAGAAUGGAGCCUUUGACCUGAAGACUGUGGUGUUGGAGGUGUUACAAGGAAUGAGACGAGCAGGUGCUGACAUCAUUAUUACUUAUUUCACGCCUCAACUUCUGGACUGGCUUCAUCAGUAAUCCCAACUUCACACAUCAAUUUCUGGACUGACUUCAUCAGUAAUCCCAACUUCACACCUCAACUUCUGGACUGGCUUCAUCAGUAAUCCCAACUUCACACCUCAACUUCUGGACUGGCUUCAUCAGUAAUCCCAAAUUCACACAUCAAUUUCUGGACUGGCAAAACUUCUGCUUGUGUGGUGAAACUCUCUGAAGAGGAAAGACAUGACCCAUCUGCACUCAGGAAACCAGCAGAUGCCAUAUGUUAAUUGUACUGUUAUGAAUAUACUGUAUACAAAUAUCACAUAUCCCCACCUUUACAGGUAAUCUGGCAAUUUUAAUGGGCCUUUAUGUGUAGUACCCUUUAAUAUUUGGAUUGGAUUCAGGGAAUAUUUUAACUAGCAAUCAAUAAAUUGACAGAUAUAUAUUUUUUUUACAAUAAUGAGAUCCAUUGAAAGUUUGUGUUUUAAUUUCCAAAAACUAUAAACAGGUACCAUAGGUAUAUAUGCACAGAUGUCCCCAAACUCUGUGACAUGUACCUGAACUCUUUGACGUGUACCUUAACGCUGUGACGUAUACCUGAAAUCUGUGACGUGUACCUGAACCCUGUGACAUGUACCUGAACCCUGUGACGUGUACCUGAACCCUGUGACAUGUACCUGAACUCUUUGACGUGUACCUUAAUGCUGUGACGUGUACCUGAACUUUGUGAUGUAUACCUGAAAUCUGUGACGUAUACCUGAACUUUGUGAUGUAUACCUGAACUCUGAGACGUAUACCUGAAAUCUGUGACGUAUACCUGAACUUUGUGAUGUAUACCUGAAGUCUGUGACGUAUACCUGAAGUCUGUGACGUACAUGUAUACCUGAAGUCUGAGACGUAUACCUGAAGUCUGUGACAUAUACCUGAAGUCUGUGACGUAUACCUGAACUUUGUGACAUAUACCUGAAGUCUGUGACGUAUACCUGAACUCUGUGACGUAUACCUGAAGUCUGUGACAUAUACCUGACGUUUGAGACGUAUACCUGAAGUCUGUGACAUAUACCUGAAGUCUGUGACGUACACCUGAACUCUGUCGUAUACCUGCACUCUUUGACAUAUACCUGAACUGGUGACAUUAUAAUGUUAUAGUUGUAACAGGGCAUUAUAAUUAUGGUUAAAUAGCCAAACUCUGUUACGUAUGCACAAUGUAACUGAAAUCCUGCUGUGAAACUGGGCAUUAUGAUGAUGGUUAAUUGGACAGAUGUGAAGGUGGGGUUGAAGAUCUCUUUAAAGUCUAGGCAUUAUAAUUUAAAGGGUGAUCUCACCCAUGCCAUGAAAUUCCGUAGUUUACUUUAGUUUAACUGGUUUGACUGUAGCUUGAGGUCAGGGGAGUACGGCCUCGAGUUCCUGGUCAAUUGAGGUGGUAUAUUUCUUGAAUUGCAAAA